AUGGAUGAACAAAGCCACAGUGCUGAAUAUAAAUCAACGGUAAUGUUAAGACCUGAAGCAAAGUCAACAAUAAAAUGCAUGGGUUGCAAUAGUUAUGGAUGUAACGAUGCAAGAUAUGACAUUCAUGUCACAGAUGGAAUUCCCAAUGAGGCUUAUGGAGUUAUAAAACCAAAAAUAAAUUUUCAUGAAGGUCAAAACAUUUCUUUAGUAUGUUCUGCUGUCAUUCGUGAAUUUUCUCAAGCCGUAUGGUAUGAUGAUAAAAACAACAAAGUUGAAGAUUCUGAAAGAAUAAAAGUCACGUUUGAAGAAACUAACUUUACUCACCGCGCUAUUAUAUCGAUUAAUAAUGUUAAUCGUUUGGAUGAACGAGAUUAUUAUUGUACAGCAAAUAAUGAAUUUCACAAGGAAAUUCCAAAGAAAUAUUCUCUUCAGCUUAAUGCUUACUUCGUUCAUGGAAAUAUCAAUAACGUUGCAAUAACACGAUUUGCAAAAGACCCAGAAAAUCCUGUAUACUUAUCAUGUCACUUUGAAGGCAUUCCAACACCUAAUAUUAUGUGGUUUAAAAACAGUACAUCUAUAUCGUCAUCAAAACAGUUUAGUUUAGAGGAUAGAAAUCAAAAGUUAAUAAUACGAUAUCUUUUGAAACGUGACAGUGGUGACUAUUUAUGUGUUGCAGAGAAUGGCUUUUGGCCAUUUAAAGAAAAACAACUAGUAGAAGCUGGCCAUACGCAUUUUAAAGAAGGAGCAGUUGAUUUAAUAAACCCAGAGUUAACCAUAGACGAGCAGGCAGAACUUCUUCCUUACGAUAUUAGGUGGGAGUUUCCUAUUGAGAAGUUAAGAUUAGAUAAGCAAUUAGGAAGCGGGGCUUUUGGAGUUGUGUAUAAAGCAGAGGCCUAUAGGAUUUUGCCUUAUGAGUCCAUCACAACUGUGGCUGUGAAAACAGUUCGCAGAAAUGCAGAUUUAAUGUAUAUCAGUGCGCUGGCAAAGGAGCUGAAAACAAUGGUUUAUUUAGGACAACACUCAAAUGUUGUAAAUCUUCUGGGCGCUUGCACCAAAAAUAUAGCCAAACGUGAACUUUUGGUAAUUAUUGUGCUUUGUAGAUGUGGAAAUCUUGAAAGCUAUCUCGUGCGUCAUAGAAAAAAUUUUAUUAACCAAAUUGAUCCAAGUACAGGUCAAAUCGAUACUUCUAUGAGAAAAAAUUUAAAGAGAACAAGACACGAGAUCUAUGAAAAUUUAACUACGGCCUUGUCUGACAGCAGUCUAAACGAUAAUCACACCAUUCACUAUUCAGAAAUUCAGAAUUCUAGCGGCUCAAUUGAAUCCAGUGAUUACAUAGAAGAAGAUUUUUUGUUCAUCUGCACUGAGGAUCUUAUGUUAUGGGCUUAUCAAGUGGCAAACGGCAUGAAGUUUCUUUCAGAAAGAAAGGUGCUGCACUGUGACUUGGCUGCAAGAAAUAUACUGUUAGCAGAGAACAACAUCGUCAAGAUCUGCGAUUUCGGUUUAGCCAAGACAUUGUACAAAGACGAAAACUAUAAGAAGCAAUGCGAUGGGAAGUUACCCAUAAGGUGGAUGGCCAUUGAGUCCAUCAGAGACGGAGUCUUUUCUACAAUGUCGGAUGUGUGGUCAUUCGGUGUAGUACUCUGGGAAUUUUUCUCUCUUGCAGAAAUACCUUAUUUAGGUGUAGGGUUCGAGGUGAUGUAUCAGAAAAUAAUUAGGGGAUACAGAAUGGCUCAGCCUACUUAUGCCACCGAUGACAUGUAA